AUGUCAUUACCUUUGAAACCUCUUUCGGUUGAUUAUGGUAAUAAGAAGGUAGACUCCAAACAAAAGAAAUUUAUAGCAAAUGUCACUCGAACUUUAGAAACUUUUGAUUCUGUCACUGAAUGGGCGGAUUAUAUUUCAAGUUUAGGGAAAUUAUUAAAGGCAUUACAAAGCUGGACACCUAACUCGGAUGAUAUUAAGUACUAUGUGCCAUCACCCUAUCAGGUUAGUCAACGUUUGGCUUCAUCUUUAUCCCCAGAGUUGCCUGCUGGUGUGCAUCAAAAGACUUUAGAAGUAUACACUUAUAUUUUUGAGAAGAUUGGUCAAGAAUCUCUGGCAACUGAAUGUAAUAUCUGGAUUAGAGGUAUUCUCCCACUAAUGGCAUAUGCAACAAUGUCUGUAAAACUACCAUUAAUUGAAUUAUAUGAGAAGUAUUUAAUAAAUCUACCUUCUUCUACAUUGAAAUUGAUUGUAAAACCGUUGAUAGCAAGUUUAUUGCCUGGUAUCGAUGAUGAAAGUAGUGAAUUUCAACCAUCUGUUUUGAAUCUGCUGGAUGAAUUCAAAACAAGACUAAAUGAUGAUUCCAUUUUUUGGCAAAGUUUUUUCUUGGUGAUGAUAUCAAAUAAGGAACAUCGUUUGGGUGGACUGGUAUUGUUGACAAAAACAUUUCCAUCUUUAAAUAUAGACAUUAGUAUAGACCAAAUACCAGACCAAUCUGGAAUAUCAGAACUUGAUGACUUCCAAAAAAGAAAACAACAUAUUUUAGGCAUGUUACCUAAGGAGAUAAAAGAUAUUGUGACGCCGGAACCUGGUUUGUUGGGUCGUGCAUUUUUAUCAUGUUUAACACAUGACAAUGAUCUCCUUGUUAAGCGUGGUAUUUUAGAUUUAUUAGUAAAUAAGUUUUAUUUACAUUCGCCUAUUUUCCAAUAUGUUUUAACACCAAAUGACAGAAAAAUGUUGAUCAUUGAAUGUUGUAAGACGACAUCAAACAAGGAGAUGUCAUUAAAUAGAAGAAUUUGGAAUUGGCUAUUGGGACCAACUGUGACAACAGGAAGUAGUAAUAUCGAACAUUUACAUAUUCAAACUGAUAGUGGAGAUACGUCAUUUUCUGCAGAAAACGAUCGAAGUGCUUAUUUUACCAAAUAUGCUCUAACCGAUUUACUUUCAGGACUAACUGAAAUGUUAAAAACUGAAAAUGAUCUUGUAAUGGCCAUGAAUAUUUGUUUAACAAUAAUGGAUCGUUGGGAAAUUGGAUCAAUUGUAAUCCCAGAGGUUUUUAUUAAUGUGUUUAUGGCAUCGAAGGGUUAUUCUGAUUCGAAUCAAAUUGCUAAAAUAUCGAGUUCAUUAUUUGAUGCGAUAGAAACUGAUAUUAUAUGGGGGAAAAUAUUUGAAUACUUUUAUGAAAGCAAAGACGUAAAUUUUUUGUUAUACAUUUUGACAACAUUUAAUGUCUCACAAGAUGAAGAGAUCAUUGUCCGUCACUUACCACUAAUUUUAUUAGGUCUUUUGUCUUUUACAGAUGACACCUUUCCAGAAGAAUCUGAUCUAAUACAUAAAUAUCAUGUAUCCAAGCAAUUGUUAGAUAUAAUACCCGAAAGAGCAUUUUUGCCAUUUGAUGAAUCCAUAUUAGGAUUAACAUCCUCUUACAAUGCAGAAGGUAUACUAACAACUAUUUUAAAAUACUAUAGACAGGUUUCAGAUCCCUUGGAAUCAGAAAUGUUAAAUGAUAAUAAUGGAUCAGUGCCAUUUACAGCAGAUAUAUUGGCAUAUCUAAUUGUGAAAUCUAGUAUGGAGAUAUUAUUAAGAAAUCUAGAAAUUGAUAAUUUUGUUAAUGAAUCAUCCUUAAUAUUUAUAUCUAUAUUCGAAAAGUUACCAGAAAUCUCAGGUUCUGAUAGUUCUUUUAAUAAAAUUUUCCCUAAGGAAAAUUUAAUGGAAUCAAUUAUUACAGCCGCAAGAAGUGAAUACAUCAAAUGUGAUUCAAUUAACGGUAUUAUAACUGUGUAUAACAGAUACUUGUGGUCUAAACUGAAUGCUAUCGAUUUGGCAAAAGUGCUAAAAGUAAUUGUUUCGGCUAUGUGGAAAUAUCUGGUAACUCCCCAUGAACAAGAUGGUGUGGUGAAAUACUUAGAAGUACUAGAGAGAGAUAUCUCCCCAUCAUUAAUUGAAUCGGCACUUACCUCUGUUUUUAUUCAUGAACCGUUAAUUUCAAAUAAGAUAACUGUGUUAGACCUGCUAUGGAAUAAUUUAAAGGUAUCAUCUACACUAAUUGAUAGAAUGCUUGAACUAGUUCUGGACGAGCUAUUUGAUUCUCAGUCGCCGCACUAUCUAUAUGUCUCAGAAUGGAUUCUUUCCGUAACUAAUUCUGGCUCCUUGAACCGAUUGCUACACGUUUUACUAACUAACAUAACAGAGUUUGGAUUUUUAAGAUCUCAGAAACUUACUGAUUUAGAUGAUUUAGAUAUGUUUACAUAUAGAUUAAAAUUAUUGAAUGUUACCAUUUCAUCCAAUCAAUCAAUAAUUGGUAAGAAAAUUUCGAAGGAAAUGGUAGAUAUGGAUAUAGUAGAAAAAUGGCCCGAAUCAGGUGUGACAAACUAUAAAGAUUUAAUUAUAUCUAUCAUUAUUAGAUUCUUAGAGGUGGAGAAUAAUCACCAUGUUAAGAGUAUAAGAAGUUCCCUUCUUUUAUUAGAUGGAUUACUUGAUGGUACUGAAAAAAAUUUCAAAAAUGUUGUUCUUUCUUUACUAAAUUUAUCAUCAAAAUACUUGAAAGAAAAUGAGAUUAACUCUAAAUCUAUUGCUGUUUCACUUUUGAAUAUAGUGUCUAAAGUGUUGCAACUUUCCCAUGAGAAUGGAAUUAAACUUGAUAUUUUUGAUGAUAAUGCAACUCACCUGAAAUACAUAGAUUACUUGGUUUCUAGCGUUUCGAGUAUGGAAGAUCCGAUGAUCAUAUCCUCAUAUAUCAAAUUGCUUUUGGAAAGUGUGUUGUAUAUUGAGCAAUCUAUUUUCAAAUGUAUUCUACCUCUUACAAAUUCAAUUGUCCAAUGUUUGCAAAAAAUCUUUAGGAAGGAGAAGGUAACUGGCGGAUUUUAUCAAUCAAUUUCUUUAUUAUUGGGAGGAUUUCAAGAAUUGUUAGAACUAACUCAUGGUUACUUGCUGGCAGAUGAAAAGAAUGGAAUGUUUUCGACCUCUAAUUCGAGAGGUGACUUUUUACAAAGCAUGGUCUCUAAUGUUUUUUCUGGUGAUAAUCAAGAAUAUACUAGCAGGAUCCAAGCAGAAAGGUUGGUGGUGUUCCAAUCCUUCCAACUAGUUAUAAAUUGUACUUCGGAGAUAUGGUAUUGGGCGCAUAAAUCUAUUCUUCAAGAUGGUGAAAAAAGUAAAAUUCGUAUGAAAAGUCACAGUCUUUAUAAAUUUAAAUUCAGAUGUAAGAUGUUACUGGAACGGUUAUUUUUAUUGGAGCCACUUGAAGUAUUGGAGAAUUUAAUCGCAAUUAAAAAUGAUGAAUUAACAAUACUUUUAGUACAUUCUCUAGAUGGAAAUAGACCAAUUCUAACUGUUCCUUAUUUAUUGUUUGGGCUUGUUACCCGUUGCAAUAAAAAUAGUAUGAUAAAAUUAUCAACGGGUUCUGGGGUAAUUGGUACUGGAAAUAGCAAGCCUUUAAAAAUUGAUCAAUCAUUAAUCAACAGACUUAACUCGCAUACUAUAAUAUUAUUUUUGAUACAAUAUGUUGAAUCAUUAGAGAGUGACUCUAUUGAGGAGUUUUUUCCGGAUUUUAUUUCAUUCUUUAAAGAAGUUAGCUCUAACAGUAGUUUUUAUGCUGAUAUUUCAACUAAUAUUCUAAAAUUUAUAGCUUUAUCUGCGGAGAAGAUUGAUAAUUCGAAGUUUGGAAAACAAAAAAAUGUUAGAAAGGAACUGUCUGACUUGUUUAUGAAAUAUCAGGUAACCUUAUUUACAGAUCUUCCAAAAAAUGAAGAUGACGCUUUGCUGAAAGUGAAAAUGGAUGAUAUAAUUACCACUGUUGAGCGUCUGACAUUUUGCGUUAAUGACGAAGUAGGAUCUGAUAAAUUUAAUAGUUUUAUCUCUAAUGUUGUAAACGUCUGUAUUUCGUCGCAUUUGAAAUCAAUUGGGACAAAGCCAAUCCCUGAGAAGAUAUUUGAAUUAUCUAUUUUAAUUUCUAAAAAUUCUGAGAAAGUGAAAAAUUGGAAAUUACUAAUAAAUGAUAUCUUUUUUAAUGAUAAGCGAUUUUCAUUAUUCAAUAAUGAUGAAUCAUGGAAAAAUAUAAUAUAUGAAUGGUCACAAUAUCAAGAGAAUAAGAUUAAAUUGAUUCCUGAAUUGCUAUCGAUUAUUGAUGCUAAAGGUAUGACGAUAACACCUUCUUUGAUUAAUUUCAGUUCCUGGAGUUCAUCAGAAAUCAAUGCGAAAUCCAAAAAUUUCUUGAGGAUUGCUUAUCUAUUGAUGGUAGCACCAAUUGAUACUUAUUUAUUAAAUUUCAAAGUUCUGAUGACUUCAGUCAUUCAAUAUCUAAGUUCAAAAAGUCUAGAAUUGCGUUCUACUACAUGGUUGUUACUUCGUGUCAUGCUAAUAAGGUUUUCACACUUACAUUUUAAUGAACAUUGGUCAGCUAUUGUUUUCUAUCUACAAACAGGUCUUCAAGAAUUCUAUGAAAUAAUGCAAAUUCAGGAAAACAUUAAUGGGACAUUGGUUUUCCAAUUGUGUAAGACUUUAGACUUGCUAUUGGUCCUCAAUAUUGAAGAGUUUUCGACCACAAAUGAGUGGCUCUUUGUGAUUGAUACUAUUAACUGUAUCUAUAGAGAUAGUAGUUUUAUUGCGUUGGCAGAUGAAAUUGGUGAAUCCAAUGACUAUAAAUUGGCAAAGAACGAUGAGAUCGCUUUGGCCGAACAGUCUGAUUACAUUGUACCACUCCUAAAUGGAACACAAUCUAUUAACUCACACUUACAGCUUAGAACAUUUUUCCAAAAAGUAAGUUACAUGCAUUAUGAAGCCGUGUACAGUCUAAAAGAACUCGAUAUACCAAAAUGUGAGGACGACUUAAUAAAAGAUAUAUUUGUUUAG